ACCGCAAAGUUUCCCCUCUUUCGAGAACAAUUUCUCCCGGCCUCUCCUCCGACGACUGAGCCUUCAGCCUGGGAACGACGGCGCCGCCGCCUGCGUCCAUUUGCCAUGUUCUCAGCCUUUAUCCGCCGGGUCAACGCCAUCAAAAAGCGCAUCCCGAUCUUAAACUCGCUGCAACUCGACUUUAUCUUUAUGCACUAUACCUAUAUCAUUUCCUGGAUUAUCCUCUGCUCCGUUAUACUCUUCGCCGGUGGAAAUAUCGCCUACAUCGAUGCCCUUUUCUUGUCGGCCGGCGCCAGCACCCAGAGUGGUCUGAACACCGUCAACCUGAACGAGCUCUACACAUACCAGCAAAUCGUCCUAUGUCUGAUAACAUGUCUCUGCACCCCGAUUUUCAUCCACGGUGCUCUCGUUUUCAUCCGUCUAUAUUGGUUUGAGAAGCGUUUCCAGAAUGUGGUCAGGGAUGCACGUGCGCUGCGCACUACUCGCUCGCGCAUGGAUACUGUGAGCCAGGGUAAGAACAGCCAGGAUAUAAAUCGUGCGGAGCUUGGUGUGAGUGGUCGGUCGAUAGUGGUGCUUCGAAAUGACUCCGGGGACGCACGUGAAAGCCGUCUGCCAGAUCCCACCGCCCCCCAAGUUGAUGGAUCGUCGGAUUCCGAAUCGCCCACGUCCAAGGAGGCCACAAACCAAUCUACCCCGGAAACCUCCCAAAAUGAUAUUGGGAGUCGGUUCGGGCUGGGUAACUUGCGAUUGCCGACUCAGCUGAGUCCGGAGCAUCACAUCGCGUUUGUGGAAAACCAGCGAAAGAACAAAGGUGCUUUGCGCAUUCCCAGUCCUCGCGAAUAUGAUCGCGGUGGUGUGCCGGAGGAUCUUGAAGAUGGUGGUGGAGAUGAGGGAGAAAAUGAUCAGACCAACGAGCCUGUCCCUCCUCGAUCCCGAAGGCCGAGCUCUGGAUCUUCUGAAGAUGACCAGGUUCCUCCCAUGGAAGGGCCGCAUAUCACCAUCAAUGAGCCCGACUUCACUCGAACUCGUACGCGUGGAAACACAUUCGCACGCUUGGAUACUCGGCCGACUAUGCGUGAUACAAUUACCAAAGAAGUAAAUGACGCCAACGACGAUGACGCUGGGCUAGGCCCGUCCAACACAAGAAAUACCGUCCGAGGAAUUUGGCGAUCUCUGACACAUGAAAGAGAGCGGACUACCCAGCCGUAUCUUAGUUGGAACGCCACUGUGGCCCGAAACUCGAACUUCGUCGACCUGACCGAGGAGCAACGUGACGAGCUGGGCGGUAUUGAGUAUCGCGCUCUCAAAACUCUCGCGGUUGUGCUCAUCUCCUAUUAUGUUGGAUUCCAUCUUCUUGGUCUAAUUAGUCUGAUCGGUUGGAUCAUGACAGAGGACAAAUGGGGUAAUGUCAUCAGGGCAGACGGUGUUGGCCGUCCUUGGUGGGGAAUUUUCACUGCUGCCUCUGCUUUCAACGAUCUUGGCUUCACUCUCACGCCCGAUUCCAUGUACUCUUUCCAAACCGCCAUCUUCCCCUUGCUUCUCAUGGCGUUCUUGAUCAUCAUUGGUAACACGGGUUUCCCUUGUAUGUUACGACUGAUGAUCUGGGUUUUGUCAAAAUUCGCUCGCCAGGGAACUGCCCUCUGGGAAGAGCUGAAGUUCCUUCUCGACCACCCCCGUCGUUGUUUUACCCUUCUCUUUCCCCGAAAUGCCAGUUGGUGGCUUUUCGCCAUCCUCAUGGCCUUAAACUGCAUUGAUGUGAUCUUCUUCAUCAUUUUGGACUUAAAUGACUCCGCUGUGACAAAAUUCCCAGUAGGAAUCCGAGUUCUUGACGGCUUCUUCCAAGCCGCAGCAACUCGAACCGCCGGUUUCGGCAUCGUCAGUCUUUCAGACCUACACCCCGCGAUUCAGGUAUCCUACCUGAUCAUGAUGUACAUUUCCGUUUUCCCAAUCGCUAUCUCCAUGCGUCGUACAAACGUCUACGAAGAAAAGAGUUUAGGCAUCUACGGCUCCGGCGACGAAGACAACGACGACGAAAACCAAACAGCACCCAGUUACAUCGGCGCUCACUUGCGUCGUCAACUAAGUUUCGAUUUGUGGUAUGUUUUCCUCGGGCUAUUCGUCAUUGCCAUCGCCGAAGGCAGCCGUCUCGAAAGCUCAACGGACUAUAACUUCCAACUCUUCACUGUACUUUUCGAGGUCGUCUCUGCCUACGGUACUGUCGGGCUGUCAUUCGGAUACCCCGGCGUCGAUACAUCUUUCUCGGGCCAAUUCAACGUCGUCUCUAAACUCGUUAUUAUUGCUAUGCAGAUACGUGGUCGUCACCGUGGUUUGCCUUAUGCUCUUGACCGGGCUGUCUUGUUACCCUCUGACGCGCUCAACCGGCACGAAGCUGAAGAUUCGGAACGUCGUAUGCGUCGGCGUGCGUCGAAUCUUAGUGGUGCUGGGUCGUUGGGUCGUCCGUCAAGGACUUUCUCUUCGUCUCGUCCUGAUGCAGGUUUGACUUCUGGUUUGGAAUCGCAUGAUUGGCAGACCACUAACGGGGAUGCCCUCACUCAUCGCUCGGCGACUAUUCGGUCCAAUCGUUAG